UGUAAGCAGUCUAGAAUUAAGAUAAGGGUUGCGGUUAUCCUUGGACUGGUAAUUUGCUGCUAUGAAGCGUACAGUCAGGUGCAGGUACAGGUAUUUUCUCCAGCAGUUAUGAUAUCUGUCCAGACAGAGCUAAAGACCGCCAAGUCGUUUGGGGAAAAUCUUGUUGCAAGCAACUUUCUGAAUGCAGUGAAAACAAUGGCAUCUUCAGUAUCACCCUUUCUCAGUGUCUUUGGAAGCAUUUUAUCUAUUAUUUCCAGCAUAAUAGGAAAACAAUCGCCGUCGCCAGAAUUACUGGCUAUUAAACAAUUGUUCGAGACUGUAAACGCUAGGUUUGACUACAUGGAGAUAAGGUUCAACGACAUAGAAAAUGAAAUUCAUUGGUACCAAGCCAUAGCCCCAAUACUGAUCUGCGAAAGACAAGUUAGAACUUUGCUGAAGCGAUUUCAGGAUCUGUUCCAAAAUCCGCCACCAGACGUAGAAGAACAGAGAAAUAUCCUUCUCGAAAGAUACAUGCACCAUUCGGAAUGUUCGGACACUCUGUAUUAUUCUAUAAUUAAUGAUACUGGAAUUCAAAUUGGAUAUUCUACAAACAUUCUUCGAGAAGGCAUGGUGCAUCUAGCUAAUGAUAGAACAAAAAUGCGAAACUUAAUGAUAAGUCUUGUUGGAAUGAUGUAUAAAGCGGCAACGUUGGAUUUAAUUUUCGUAAAUUUUCGGACGCCACAGAAUUACACUGUGAUGCAAUGGACUAAAAGGUUUGAGGAAAUUCAAAAGAAAAUGCUGCAAAUAGACAAUGAAGUGGUCUCAAAUUGGUAUAAUCAGUCCGAGAAAGACGUCCAGAAAAUAACAUCCGGACAUAUGUCUUUGAGUAAUAAGGAUUUGGCUAGUUUUCUCUACCACUCACUGUCGACGAAAUAUAACUGGAGGGACUGGUUGGUAGUGGUGUACAAUCCGAUCAUCGGCGGCGAUGCUCACCACGUGUGGGAGUGUGGCGGUUUCUUUAAGUUUCGAUACUACCACCGCAAUCUUCUGAUAUCAAGCGUCGAUAAAAGCAAACCACCCAUUGACAAGAACAGAGCUCAGAUUGAAAUCAACUCAUUGUCAAGAAUUUGUCGGUCAUUUUAUGAAUAUUCCCGAACAACAGUAAGCGAUGCAGGUGCCAUCUUCAAUUGGUUUCCACCGGAUGUAAAAACUCAGUGCUCCCCCUUUGCGUCAGCCGGCGUCAUUGGAAUCAGUUGGAAUGUUUGGUAUCAAGCACCAGCUGCGCGAUUUAUUCUUCAAGACAUGGAAAUUUGUCGCUAUCAUAUCCAUUUGUUUGGUUAG